GAUUUACAUUCGGGGGCGUUAAAGACGAAAUUAAUCGCCUGUUUUACUCGCAAAUGAAGCAAAGUGACGAGUUUUGGACUGGCUCCAGAAAAAGCCGUCAACCGCCCAUUCAAACGAUAUAAUUUACGCUGGUUUGUAAAACAAACAACGUGCCAUCGCGGGUAUGAAGCAACCGAAUGCCACUCCGUCGUCUUUUCGUCAUCCGCCGUCAGCAAGCCCUGCCAUCGUUCGACGGUGGGGAGAAGGAAACGCAGAACUUGCUCAAUUCGGCUUUACUUGCUGACGAAGUGACGACCACAGGCUUUUGAGAGUAACCGGCACACAACGAAAAAAAAAGGAGGAUGACAUGUUUGAAGCCACCGAAAACUGGCAUAAAUGCUCUUACAAUUACAGAUGCUUACAAAAGCUACGGAAAAAAUAUCCCAGUCCUGAAAGGCUUGAAAAUGACUGUUCCUAGAGGAUCUAUAUAUGGACUUCUUGGGCCAAGUGGAUGUGGAAAGUCGACUCUUCUAAAUUCCAUUGUCGGCCUUGUACAACUUGACCAUGGUAAAAUUGAAACUGCUGUCUCAUCGAAAAAUGAGUUAGGUUUUAUGCCACAACAAAUUUCCCUUUAUAAACAAAUGACGAUAGAGGAAAUACUGAGAUAUUAUGCGCUCAUUUAUGAUGUUAAAGUUCAAAAGGCGAAUCUAAGAUUAAAUAUCUUGUGUAAUUUAUUAGAUCUGCCACCAAAAUCUACACUUAUCGAACAUUUGAGCGGAGGACAGAACAGGAGACUUUCAUUGGCAGUUGCUCUCAUCCACGAUCCAGAUCUACUUCUGUUGGAUGAACCUACAGUCGGAGUCGAUCCUAUUUUAAGAACAAGUAUUUGGGAUUAUCUCAACCGACUAUGCAAAAUUGGUAAAAAGACUAUUGUCAUAACUACACAUUACAUCGAAGAAAUGCGAGCUGCACAUCAUGUAGGUCUGAUGAGAAAUGGCGUCCUGUUGUGUGAGGACACUCCUUCGGAUCUGAUUAAAAGUACAAAAAGUCAAACUUUAGAGGAAUCAUUUUUAAAAUUAAUACAAAAACAGCUUGAGUUUGAAACUGAUAAAAAUAUCAAAGAAAUAUCAAACAUAAAUCCAAAUUUCAAAUCAACUCUAACACAAAUUGGUUUGGUUUCGAGCAGAAUAUCCUUGAACCGUAUGCGGGCAGAAAUUAAGAAAAAUUUACUCUUUCUCUUUAGAAAUCUACCGGUGCUUUGCUAUCUGAUUCUGUUGCCACCAUUGAGUAUAACAUUGUUCAAUUUUGGGAACGGUAUCGACCCUAAGGGCUUGAAGAUUGGAUUUGUAAACUACGACACAAAUGGUGGUUCUUGUAGCUUGAUCCAACGAAGAAACGGCUGUGGUCAGAACUUCCUCAGCUGUGCCUACCUCCAAAGAGUAAAGGAGAGAUCAAUAGAACUGAUAGAAUAUAAAACGGUACAGAAAGGCAUUGAUUCAGUGACGAAGGAUGGUUUAUGGGGUAUUUUGGUAUUUCGUCAGAACUAUUCGACAUCUUUAUACGAAAGAAUCGAAAACGGACCAAAAGCUAACAUAAUUGAUUCUAGUACUGUCCAUGUUCAUUUGGACAAAUCAAAUUAUAUAAUAAAUGAAAUUUUGGAAAGAGAUUUGUACACUAGUUAUGCAGAAAUGAUGGAAGAUGUCUGUUUAGAUUGUGGGUGGAGCAAUAAAUUCUUAAACAUUCCAAUCCAGUUCAAAGAGCCAAUUUUCGGUAAAAAUACACAAGAUUAUAGAAGCUUUAUUGCACCUUCUCUUCUUUUACUAUUAUUAUUCGGCAUGCCUUUCACGUACGGAGUGGUAGUAAUUAUAGCAGAAAAAAAUGCAGGUUGUACCACAAGAAGUUUGGUUGCAGGAGUCAACAUUUUGGAGAUUUUUAUUGGCCACAUAACCAUAUUAGUUACCUUGCAGUUAAUCCACACAGCGACUGCUAUAAUAACCAUGUAUUAUGUACUCGGUUAUGAUUUUACCAGUCCAUUGCUGUCAACAUCUUUAUUACUUCUGCAAGGUCUGAGCGGGAUCUGUUUAACAACUCUACUUGGAAUUGUUUGUACAACAAUGUCAAACGCAGCUUGUAUUUGCACCGGCUUAACAGUAUGCUGUAUUUUAGUGGGUGGAAUGCUAUGGCCAUAUGAAGGUAUAGAUUCUUCAAUAAGACCCAUAUCUUGGUUAGCACCGAUAACUUUCUCAACGAGAGCUUUGAGAAGCCUUACAAUAAGGGAAGGAGAUAUUUUCAAACAGGACGUCUAUCUCGGAUUCAUUGCCUGUUUUUUCUGGUGCUUAGCUUUCUUAACCACAUCUGUGAUUGUUGUGAAAAAAUUGAACACAAAGAUAUUUUUACAAUUGUGACUUUGGUUCAUGCCUUAGUGCAAAUUGUACAUUAAGUUUUUUGUAAUA